AUGAGGGCCUUCAAGGCCAGGCGUCGCAGUUCGAGACGAAAGUCGAACCUCUCGCGGCAGAUUUCGCCCGAGAAUUUGGGAGAGGCGAACUCUAUCGAGGACACAGACAGUGUGGGCAACAAAGCUCUUGCAAACAAAAUCGGGCGAACCUCGAUUGGUGCUUCAAUAAGCCCCCGAGACAAGACCAAUAAAAAUGCCACAGAUUGCUCAACAGAUUGCUCAGACUCAUCUGGCUUCGAGUAUUCGUCCGAGCCAGACAAUCUUGUCAAUUCCAUGCCAAAACGAGUGCUGGAAAGGCUAAUGGAUUUCACCCUGUUUCGAAACGCCCCGCACACUUUUUUCAUCGAAAUAGCCCGGAAGCUUACACUCAUGACGUAUCACACCCAAGAUCACAUCGUAAAGGCAGGCGAGUCGGCCAAAGCAAUGUACUGGAUUCUCAGAGGCUGUGUGAACGUUACGUCACCAGAUGGUGAGACUGUGCAUGCACAACUGCUAGAAGGCAGCUAUUUCGGUGAGAUUGGCAUCCUUUUCAACCGCUCGAGAACGGCGACUAUUGUGGCCAAGACAAAAGUUCUGGUAGGUGUCCUCACCGCGGACAAUUUCAACCAAAUCUUGCCUAAUUUUCCACAAGUUGAGCGUCAAAUUCGCGACGAAGCCCAAGAAAGGCUAGCCAUGCAGGACAAGAAAAAAAGAUCGGGCGUCACAAGCCUUCUUACCGCCAAUAUUGCCUGGAAUAGUGGCAAUGUCCAGCACACCGCGUCUUCUUCAAAAGACAUCAAACGUCCCGUCACUCCAGAAUCUACGCUCCAGUUUUCCUCUCAUUUGAUAUCUACAGAGGUGGUCGAUGACUCAAUAUCCAUUCGUCAGUUUUUGAAGAGCUUGCCACUUUUCACCACUUUGCCGGCAGAGAUUGCCCACAGAAUUGCACUUUGUGUCGAAAUAGAACAAGCAAAACCUUACGAAUACAUAUUUCACUCGGGUGAUCGCGGCACCAACAUUUACUUCAUCGUCAGUGGCGAAGUAGAGGUCCUGACGCGAGAAGCUCAAACAACUAGUUCCAAUGGGUGCGUCAAACGCUCUGAAAAGCUGUUGGCAAGAUUGGGUCCUGGUCAAUACUUCGGAGAAAUGGGGUUUUUAGGUUCAAUUAGCGACGAUAGCGCCAAAUCUAUAAGGUCAGCAGAUGUGAGAUCGGUUUCCUCCAGCACUUUGCUUGUGUUGACGGGAGAAACCCUAAAGCAUUUCUGCGAAAGCUAUCCCAUUGUGAAGCGAGAGAUAAUCAAAACCGCAGAUGAUCGUGCCAACCGAAACUUAACCAGUAAACGUAAGGAGAAUUCGGCUGCUCGUACAUAUUCUGGUUCCAAGCUGGUGCCUGAUCCGCAUAAUCCAAAAAAAAAAAGGCCCAAGCGCGACUUUACCAGCAAGAACUAUGUUGUUGCAGAUGCUAGUCCUUCAAUAGCCACAGGGGAUUCCAAUUCGUCCACAUUUGCCACUCCAUCGUCAUUUCCCUUGAAUCCAAAAUUCAAAUUCGGCACUCAGGAAGAAGUUCAAAGUAGUAGCAUGUCUCAUCAAAUUGACCCAUCCCCGACAAAGCUGACACUAGAGGAUAGUGCAGCUCAAAUUGCACAUCCAAAGACGUCAAAAAUUGUUCCUUCUAGAUCGGUUUCCCCGGCCACUGGGCCUACGCAGUUACUGGAAUUGAACUCACCACCCAUGAAUGCAGCAGUAAGCUCAGGCGACUCUUUCAAAAUUCAACACCCUGCCCCAUUGAACUAUAUGUCCCACAGAAAGCGGACAAGGCUGCUUAACUUGGGUGGAGGCCCAAAACGGAGAAAAAACUCGGUUUUGAGUGUUGGUCCUUUGCCAGAUCGAUUACUGCUUAGAUGCUUCCACUUUCUUCAGCUCCCUGACCUCAUGAAGCUUCGUCUAGUCUGUCGCAGAUGGAGGCAGCUCCUAUAUGUUGCUCCUGGUCUCUUCGACACCUUAGACUUGACGCCGUGGAACAAUUCCAUCAAUGAUGAUGCACUGAUUGAGAUCACGAAUUUUGUUGGCUCUAGACCGAAACUGAUUGACCUUUCGAGUUGUUUUCAUGUAACUGAUGAAGGAUUUUCAUAUAUGAUAAAUGAGAUCGCCAUAGAGGGCCAAAUACGCGUCAUCAAGAUGAGAAGCUGCUGGGAAAUAAGUGCGAUGGCAAUCAUGGAUAUUGGAGCACCACACAUUGGUAAAUGCGUGGAGGAAAUUGAUCUGACCAACUGCAGAAAGGUCAAAGAUGAUGUGAUUCAGCGGCUUUUAGGAACUAAUGACAGUAGACGGACACUCGCUGCUGUAUUCCCGACUUCGACCAAUGACCAAAACAAUUGGAUUUAUCCGCUAGACGAGCCUGUUGCAGGAAUGGAAAUGUUCGAUGGCGGCAACAAGACUUCUUUGAAUGUGGGUUGUCCCAAUUUGAAGAUUUUAACUCUGAGGCAUUGUAAAUCGCUAACGGACUCUACUCUUCGCCAUAUUGCACUAUACGCUCGUCACAAUUUGAAACAAUUGGACCUUACUCGGUGUACAGGUAUCACUGAUGUGGGUUUUUUGUACUGGGGAUAUGAAAGCUUUGCGAAUCUCGAAAAGCUGGUCUUGAGUGAGUGUAUUUUUUUGACAGACGAUUCGAUCAGAUCAAUAGCGAAUUGUACGGGCAGACUGCGUGAGCUUUAUUUGUCGUUUUGCUGCUCACUUACUGACGCUUCACUCGAGACGUUGUGCCUUGGUUGUCCGAACUUAGAAGUUUUGGACCUAAGCUUUUGCGGCAGGGCCGUUAGUGAUGUCUCAUUAUUGGGUAUAUCGAUGCAUUUAAGGAAGUUGCAGAGAAUAAUACUCAAGGGAUGCCAGAGAGUGACGAGAUCUGGUUUGGACUCUCUACUUGGAGGUUUUACUUCCCUCACUUAUAUUGACAUAUCCCAAUGCAAAAACGCACAUAUGUACCAAGGUGGCAUUGAAGCUACAAAAUUCGAGCCGGUGGGUAAGUCCAAGAGUGUGUUCUUGAAAACGGAGGAAAACAAAGAAAGGUGUGUUGAAGUAGUGAUUUGA